AUGUCGACCUGGAAGCUCCCUCUUCUCCUCCUCGGCCUCUCUCUCCUCGCCGUCUCCGCCACCGGCCGACCCUGCAAUACCAUCUUCUUCUUCACCUCCACCUCCUAUUACCCCAUUCCCGCAUCAACCCAUCCUUCUAACUCUAACCGUAACCCUAAUUUUUCGCUCCAAUACACUCCCCUGAAUUCUCCCCGAUUCCUAACUUUCUUCUUCACCACAUCCAAUCCCUUCAACGGAGACAGCAAAGCCCGAUUCAACAAAUUUCUCGGUGAUCGCAACGCUGUUUUCGUCGACCGUAUCGGCGGCGAAGAAGAAGAAAAUCAGCUCGUAGAAAGAGAAGAAGAAGAUGUAUCGAAGCCGAUGGAGUUUUACUCGGCCGUCAAAAGCUCGAUUCGUGACCGAUCAAAGGAUAUCAUGAGGGUUAUGGGAGCGAUGCUUUUUGGGGCUGGUUGUGGCGCUUUAACUGCUGCCAUGAUGUACCUGAUCCGGUCUCUGUUCUGGCCCACCGCUUUUGAUUUUGAGGAGGAUUCCGACGAUGAUGAUUUCGAUGAUGACGUUAGCCCUAAAAAGUUGGGAGGAUACGUGAUUCUUCCUACUAAGGUUGUCGAUGAUGAUCUGAAGAAGCCGGCUAAGGAGGUGGUUUGA